CAUCAUACUACCUUGCGAGACCACAAACGUCGAUAUCUCGGUCACAUUUCAAAUUGGGCAGCACUGACGCGAAGAUGAAAGUUCUCAUUAUUGGAGCAGGUCCUGCCGGAUGCGCGCUUGCCCACGGGCUCCAAAAAGCUGGCAUUUCGUUUAGCAUUUACGAUAAAGGCGCGGACGUCUACCGACACCGUCACUGGGCAUUUACUCUCGGCUGGGCGCGACCAUACCUGCUGAGCAUGUUGCCAGAAGAGCUAGGCGCGCAAAUCAACUCAUGUCAAGUCGAUCCGAACGUUGACUGCGCAGCCAUUGGUGAAGACAGGAUCGUGUUAUACAACGGCCAGACGCGUGAAGAAGCGUUUGCAUUCCCCAUUCCCAAAGCAAGAGAGAUCAAUAUCAGAAAGUUGAGAAUACUAUGUGCUGAGAAAUUGGACGUAAAGUACGGGAAACGGUUUAGCCACUAUGACCUGAUACCAAACGGCGGGGUAAAAGUGUUCUUCGAAGAUGGUUCAACUGACGAAGGGGACAUCGUCAUUGGGAUUGACGGCGCAAUGUCGAAAGUGCGACACUGUCUACUCGGCCGCGAAGCAGCAAUGGACAUCCUACCUUUCGCCCUGGUGAAUUUCAAUGCCUCAUACACAGCCGAUCAAGCACUAUUCAUCAAAGAGCGCUUACACCCACUCGUCGACAUCGCCAUACAUCCAGCGGGCCACUACAUACGCGCAAACGUGCUCGACAUGCCGGACCAAAAAGACCCCAGCACCUGGACGUUCCAGAUCCUGUCAACAUGGCCGUUAAAAGUGGUCGAAGAUCACGACAACGAGGGCGAUAGACUGAAGAGACUGAAAGCGCAUGUCAAGCGAGAUGGAUGGGCGGAGCCUUACAAGAGUGCGAUUGAGUGGAUACCAGAGGAUACGGAGGUUUUGAGAGAUCAGUUGAAGAUCUGGAAGACGGUACCGUGGGAUAACCAAGGUGGACGGGUGACGCUUUGCGGCGAUGCAGCGCAUGCGAUGACUUUCCAUCGCGGCCAAGGAGCCAAUAAUGCGUUCUACUCCGCACAUUGCCUCGUCGAAGCGUUAAAGUCCGUCCAAGAAGGUACUGCGUCUUUGGAAAAGGCGAUUACGACGUAUGACGAGAGUAUCUGGAAGAGAGGUGCGAACGAAGUCCAGAUCUCGAAAGCUCAGUCAUUUUUCACGCAUGAUGGCUUGGAGAACUUUAUUAAUAGUCCAGUGAUAAAGCUGGGAACAAAGCCGAGUCAUGCCGCAAAGACUGAGGGGUACCAGUAGUCGUGGUAUUAGGGCAUUGGCUGCGUGUGGUCCGUCCUCGAAGCGCUUAAGGCUUGACACGUGGGAACACUCAACUGUGAUGAUGAAACAGGGGUUGUGAAUGUCGAAAGAGGAUUUCUAACUAUUGUUUAGCCUUGCGUUGGCAGAUAUCAAUUUGUACCGAUAUCUAUGGUUUGCGCGUGGCCACUACAACUCCUCGGGUGAAUUCAGCUGAUAUGCAG